AUGGAAAACAUGACAAAAUUGGAAAUAAGUAAACAGAGAGAAGAAAGGGAAGACUCAAAUAGAGAAAGCAAAACGUCUUAUGGUGACUUUAUCGAAUUGCGAAACAAGAUUAUACAAAAGGAAAAGGAAAUUCUUGAAAAGAAAAAAAAAAAAAAAAAAAGUUAUUCAGAAAAUGGACAAGAAGCAGGAAAAGUAGAAAAAGAUGGACAAGAUGAAGAAGAAUUAGAAGAAAAGGGAAAAGUUAUGUACAGAACUUUUGAUGAAUUUUAUAAAUAUAAAAAAGAUUUCGAGGAACAUGAAGUUAAAGCUAAGAAUGAUGCGAUAAAGUCAUUAAGUAAAUGCAACAAGGAAAGAAAUGUUGCAUGUGAUCCCGAUACAAGCGGUUACAACAAUGAAAAAUAUUCAUAUAUUAAAUUUAAGACAGAAAGACAAGGUACGGUCAAGCAACUAAAGGAAUAUUUUCAGAAAAUUCAAGAUUGUAAUACGCAAAAAAGAAAUAAUGAUAUGUUUCUUAAGAAAGAUAAAAGGGGAACAGUAUCAGUCACUGAUAAAUCUAACAAAUCGAACAAAUCGAACAAAUCUGACGAUCAUGAAAAAAAAAAUUUCAACACCACUUUGGAAAGAGCAGAAAAUGAGAAGAAAUGUUACUCCACUGAAGAUGAUAUUAACACUACAUUACAUCUAUGUGUUCAUAACAAAGGAAUGCAAAAUAAAACAUUACUGGAACCUCUACAUUCAUUAAAUAGCUCAUCAAUUUUGAUAAAGCAGAAGAAUGUCACAGAGGACACGGAAAUUAUACAGGAAACAGUUAACAAAAUAGACAAUCAUAAGAAUAAAAGCAGCGACGAAUUUGAACAGAUGGAUAUUGAGGAAAUAGAACUACUAUAUAACCUUAUAAGCGAGAUGAAAAAAAGCCAUGAUAAUGGGGAAGACUACAUCUCCAAUUUGAUUGAAGAAUUGCAUAACUCCAAUAAGAGUUACAUGAUUCAGAAAAUUCACAACAUGUUGAAAUUUUUCGAUAAUAAAAUGACAUCUGAACAGGGAAAAAAGCCAUUUGAUGGACAUUCUUCCGUUUUACCUCAAGUGGGGAGAAGUAAGACUGAAGGGAAAAGAAACCCAUCAGAUGAACUCAUAAAUAGGAACAUUAAUAUCAACACGAAUAUGAAUGCAGAACCCGUGGAUAAAACAAACGAAGUAGACGCAGUUGAAAUUAAAAAGAAUAAACAUAUCCAAUUGGGAAAUAAAAUAUAUCUAGCGAAUACAAAUAGUGAAUCGCUAGAUAAAAAUAAAAUGAAUGAAAGCUAUCGUACGAUUCCUACAAAAGAUACAAAAAUAAUUGAAACCAUAAAUAAAGAACAGGAGAGGAAAAAAAAUCAAUUGAUAAAUACUUCCAGUCCUGUGUAUAUGAAAAUAAAAAAAUAUAACAGUGUUUUUCAGGAUGCACAAUCCAAACGUGAUUUUCCCCGGACACUUAAAACGGGUGUUGACACUGGUGCUGAGUAUGUUGAUCCAACAACGGAACAAAACAAGGGGACACUGGACGAUAACUUAAGCGACGAGGCAAAAAGGGAGGUAAAAAAUGAGGAAAAAAAUGAGACAAGUAACGAGGAAAGUAACGAGACGAUCAAUGAAACGAGCUAUGAAACAAUUAAUGAAACGAGCUAUGAGACAAUUAAUGAAGUGAACAAAGAAAAGAACAACAGUGACAAUAAUGUAACAACGGAAUCUCCCAAUGAUAGCGCAAUAAAAAAUGAGGGAAAUCACGCAAGCAAAUUUGAAUGGUUCUACUCCACCAUGAAUGAGAUGUAUAAAUCAGAUAUAGCAAUUGGAGAAGAAAAAGACGAACGGAAUGGCGAUGAAAAGGACGAUCAAAAUGAAUACUCAUUCGAGGAUAGCGAAAACAACGACCUGUUUCUAUGGCUAGAAAAUAGAGAUGUUGAACAUGUUUUAAAUGGGGAAAAAAAAAACUAA